AUGGGAAAUAGGUCUUUGACAGAGGCAGACCACGCACUGCUGUCCAAGCCUCUGGUACCGACAUCUGCGGAACAUACACAAACGCAAGAUUAUUCGCGUCCCUUUGUAGAUGGCAGUAAUUCUCAGAAUGAGUCAGAACUACAGGCUUCACCACAGGGUCAGUUUGGGGAUAAAGCAUUGACUAGUACCAAUCGCUUCAUCCCUCUGGCUAAUGAUGACCCGGGUAGGCAGCACGAGAUGGGUCUUGCUCCGUCUAUGAGGCGUAGAAGAGAAGAAUGGGCAGAACGUGGUGCGGCAAAAAUCAUCAAAGACGUUAUCGAUCCAACUACGGGGGAGCUGACCAAGCAUGUCGUUAAGAUGGGGAUAAAGGACUUCAAGUUUGGAGAGCAACUCGGGGAUGGAUCAUAUUCUAGUGUUGUUCUGGCUACCGCUCGCGAUUCGGGCAAGAAGUACGCAGUUAAAGUGUUGAGUAAAGAGUAUCUAAUCCGUCAAAAAAAAGUCAAAUACGUCACAGUGGAGAAACUGGCUUUGCAGAAGCUGAACGGGACUAAGGGAAUAAUUAGGCUUUACUUUACUUUCCAGGACGAGGCAAGUUUGUAUUUCCUUCUAGAAUAUGCCCCCCACGGUGAUUUCUUGGGCUUGAUUAAGAAGUAUGGGUCGCUAAACGAGACAUGUGCGCGCUAUUAUGCGUCGCAGAUCAUCGAUGCCGUUGACUCCUUGCACAAUAUCGGCAUUAUUCACAGGGAUAUCAAGCCCGAAAACAUUUUGCUCGACAAAGAUAUGAAAGUAAAGUUGACAGAUUUUGGUACAGCCAAAAUUUUACCGGAGAAACCGUCGAGCACCGCGGAUGGCGAACCUUGUUUCGAUUUGUAUGCCAAAUCAAAAUCGUUUGUUGGUACCGCAGAGUAUGUUUCUCCCGAGCUAUUGAAUGAUAGUUAUACGGAUUCCCGUUGCGAUAUUUGGGCUAUCGGUUGCAUACUAUAUCAAAUGCUUGCGGGAAAGCCGCCUUUCAAGGCUGCCAAUGAAUAUUUGACGUUCCAAAAAGUAAUGAAGAUUCAAUAUGCAUUCACCGCAGGCUUCCCCCAAAUAGUAAAAGACUUAGUUAAAAAACUGUUGGUUAGGGAGCCGAACGAUAGAUUGAGCAUCAAGCAGAUCAAAGCGCACAUCUUCUUCCAUGAAAUAAAUUUCGAAGAUGGUUCAGUUUGGGAUGGCAAUCCACCAGAGAUACAACCAUAUAAAAUAAGUGCAGAGGCGAUGAAGCCGCUGCAAAAAGUUGCUGAACUUGAUACCACUGCCAAAAUGGCCAACCUUCAGUUGGCUAGUAACAGUCAUGCGGAUACUGCGCCACAAGCGCCAACAGUGUCCUCUCAAGAGCGUUCUGUAAUCAGCAUGACUGCUGCGACAGCCGCCUUCAGCAAAGAUUACACAGGCCAGCCCAAAUUGGGGAGCAAAUCGAGCACAUCUGUUAGAUCUGUUCCCAACAACACAGAUCGCGAAAGGACUCAGAAGAAAAAUUCAAAAGAUCGUGCAUCUCUCUCAUCUCCUUCAGUUGCCACCAUAUCAAGGGGGAAAGAUAACAUAAGUCGCUCUUCUGAUACCUUCUGGUCACGCUCUUUGCAAAAUGUGGAUGAACGUGUCUUGUUGAUGAAGGAGGUAGCGCUUUCCGUACAGAACUUAGAGGAUUUAUCUGUAGAUUUCGAGAAUGUAGCUCCAGACUACAAGAACCCUUUUGACAUCGAUCCUCCCACUAACUCAGGAAAAUUUUACAAGAAAAUGUUAGUAAUAACGAACUUAGGGAGAGGGCUUGUGUUUGUCAAGAAAAGAAGUCUCAGCAUGCGGAAAGAACAAGAAUUUGAGCUACAAUUUGAAAUACAACUGAGUGAAGUCGAGAGGAUACACUUUAGAAAUGAUCAAAUGCUAGAAAUUGACGGUUCCAAGACGAUUUUCAUAGGCUGUAAAGAGAGAGCGGUUUUAAUGAAAAUAUGGAAAUUGAUAAAUAAUGAAAUGAGUGUGAGACCCAAGGUGGCAUCGCCAAAACUGGAUCACAAAAUGUUCGAUAGGUUCAUUUUUCAAAAAAAACAAAACACAAAGCAAAAAAACCAGGCUCCUCCUGUACCUGAAUCUAACAAGCUAGUAAAUGGUCUACCAGACAGUUGCGUUUCAAAGGCUCCCGAAGAAGGCGGACUCCAUGCGAAACGUCCCACUUCGUUGCAGACUCGGUCAUCAUCCAAUUAUUCCAAAUUGCUGGCAAGAUCGACACAAAUGCGGAAGAACAUAACACGAACAAACGAAAAAUGA